AUGUCUAGUAAUCAACAAGGCAACGAUGUCAUCUUGGCUCAAUUACUUUCUUUUGGCUUUGACGAAUGGAUAUGCCAAAGGGCAGUAACUCGUACUAAAACUGUGGAAGAAGCUACUGAAUGGUCUUCAUCAACGGCUGUGGGAAAUCCUGCCAAUGUACUUCCAAUUCAACCAGGAAUUCCGCCUACUGUGCAUCCUCCUAUGCCUGUCCAACCAGGAAAUCCAUUUAAUGCUCCUCCUCUAGCACCUGGUCGAUUUCCUCCAAACAUGGGGUUAAACCAUCGUAUGCUUGCCAGACCGUUAGCAUUUUCUGGUACAGGUUUUCGUUUAACAAAUGAUCAACCAAUUUUGCAGCAGCAGGAUUCAGACGAUGAUUAUGAUGAUGAAGAAAAAAGGCAACGUAUUGCUGAAGCUGUACAGGCACGAGUACGUGCAGAGGAUUCUGCUUCAGUUAAUGAUUCGCAGCAUGUAAAACAUGGUAUUAGACGUGAAGUUGGCACUUUAAGGUCAAGAUGCGCAUAUUGUGUUGCAGUUCUCCUUACAUCGUCUACUUCUAUGAGAACUCUACAAUCUCUUAGUAACGUGUCUGCUGAUGUUGGUGAAUUAUUAGUUAAUGAAUUGAUAAAACUUGACAAGUAA